CCAGUGCCUGGAAUUCCACCAUCAGCGCUUUAUUCCGCGGUUCAGUGCUGUCCUGGGUUAACCCGAAAGCAAUCUCCGAGGCUUCCCUUUCUGGCUUUCUGGGAGCCAGAGACUGACCGGACACUUGGCUCUGCAGGUGCAGACUGGGCCAGAGAGAGAGAGAGAGGGCCAAGCCAGUCCACAGUGGAGAGAGGGCUGUGCUGGGGGCUCCAGGAAGACUUCCUGGAGGAGGGGAUCUUGGAGCUAGGCCUUGUAGAUGAGUUUGUCAAAUGAGGAAGGGCAUCCGAAUCCGAGGGAACGGCAAGAGGCAAUGCUGGGGAGGGGCGAGAAUCUGGAGAGUCCCGGGAAAAGCAAGUAGGAAUCUUUCCAGAAGUUUGGGCAGGAUUUUCCCUGGGCCAGGUCGUGGGUUCUCCAGUACUCAUCCCUCCUGGUCACUGAGAUGCUCUGAGCUUCCGGUCUGGACCUGGACGGAAAGAGGUGUAGUCCCUCCUUUCUUGAACGGGAAAACUAAGCUCACAUAGGUCCUUGCCAAGCCUAGGGCUGCAGAGUGAGCAGAUGGAAAAUGCGGGACUCAAAACCUCACCUCGCUGUAAUUUGCACCGCCCGGUGCCAAGCUCUGUCCUUUCUUCCAUUCCUCGUUCCUAUUGUCAGCCUCGCUGCGCUAGGACCCUAAAAAUUCGGUCUCAUGUUGCCCAGGGAACAGCAUUUCGCUACACCCACCUCCAUGGAGCCCCCGCCCUCUCUCUCUUGCGCCAGCCAGUGGAAGCGAAGAUCUUCAGACUGUGGGCGGGAUGUAUCCUAAGGCACCCAAUGAUGGCCGAGAAUCAUUGAGCACUUUACUAGGGGUGCCGCGGAGUGGGCGGGGCGUCCUGCCCAGACUUGAAGCCACACAGGCGGGUCGGGCAGGCGGGGUCGCAAGUUGUAAAUCCAUGUGGCGGGGGCUUUGGACCCUGGCGGCCCAAGCGGCACGUGGGCCUCGCAGAACCUCCAAUUUGUGCAUCCCCCAGCCGCAGUACACCCCCCCCAACCUGAGGCAUCUCGCGAUCAUUGAGCCCUUGGUCUACUUGACACUGAGGCUGAGGCUCCCAGAUGCGCUGAUUCGCCUCCCCUCCGGUUCCAGACUGUGUACGCGCAGGAGCAGCGGCGCACUAGCCCCCGGCUCUGGAGCCACCAUCUUCGCGCUAAGCUCCGGCCAAGGCCGCUGCGGCGUCGCUGUGAUCCGGACCAGCGGCCCCGCCAGCAGCCAAGCCCUCCGGAUUCUCACGGCACCCCGGGACCUGCCCCCGGCUCGCCACGCCAGCCUGCGCUUGCUCAGCGACCCCCGCUCUGGGGAGCCUCUGGACCGCGCACUGGUGCUCUGGUUCCCAGGUCCUAAGAGUUUCACCGGUGAGGACUGCGUGGAGUUCCACGUGCAUGGAGGCCCGGCAGUGGUGAGCGGUGUCCUGCAGGCCUUGGGCAGUGUGCCAGGGCUUCGACCUGCGGAGGCUGGCGAGUUCACAAGGCGGGCGUUCGCCCAUGGGAAGCUGAACCUGACCGAAGUGGAGGGCCUGGCAGAUCUGAUCCACGCAGAAACCGAGGCGCAGCGGCGGCAGGCCCUGAGGCAGCUGGACGGGGAGUUGGGCCACCUCUGCCGUGGUUGGGCCGAGACCCUCACCAAAGCUCUGGCCCACGUGGAGGCCUAUAUCGAUUUCGGCGAGGAUGACAACCUGGAAGAAGGUGUCCUGGAGCAAGGUGGGUACCUGGGGGUGGGGAAGGAAGACGCCUCGUGUUUCACACCCAAAGGCUCCCCUCACCGUCUUCCUUCUGCCUGCCUUCCCUCACCCACAGCGGACAUCGAAGUACGGGCACUGCAGGUGGCCCUGGGUGCACAUCUACGAGAUGCCAGGCGCGGGCAGAGGCUGCGCUCAGGGGCGCACGUAGUGGUCACUGGACCCCCCAAUGCCGGGAAGAGCAGCCUAGUGAACCUGCUCAGUCGGAAACCUGUGUCCAUCGUAUCCCCGGAGCCAGGGACCACCCGUGACGUGCUGGAGACCCCAGUCGACCUGGCUGGAUUUCCUGUGCUGCUGAGCGACACUGCUGGGUUGCGGGAGGGCGUGGGUCCGGUGGAGCAGGAGGGUGUGCGGCGUGCCCGGGAGAGCUGCAACUUCCUGGCCACUGUCGUAGCCUCUGUGGGAGCCCAGAGCCACAGUGACAGCAGCCAGCGCCUCCUCCUAGUGCUGAACAAGUCGGACCUGCUGUCUACGGAGGGCCCAGGUCCCGGUCCUGACAUGCCCCCGCACCUGCUGCUGUCCUGUGUGACGGGAGAGGGGCUGGACGGCCUCCUGGAGGCGCUGAGGGAGGAGCUAGCUGCAGUGUGUGGGGACCCGUCCACAGGUCCCCCGCUCUUGACCCGUGCAAGGCACCAGCACCACCUCCAGGGCUGCCUGGAUGCCCUCGGCCACUACAAGCAGUCGAAAGACCUGGCCCUGGCGGCGGAGGCACUGCGGGUGGCCCGGGGGCACCUGACCCGGCUCACAGGUGGAGGGGGGACCGAGGAGAUCCUGGACAUCAUCUUCCGGGACUUCUGCGUGGGCAAAUGAGGGGAUCCAGGGAAGUCACACCCAGGCUGCGUGGAGACCCAGGAGCCUCAGGGAUCUGGAAACAGCUUAGCUAAAUGGGAUCCUCAUUCGCCUGGGAAAGAACUUGAUUGUCAAACAGUGAAACAACACAGCCCAGGGGUAGUGAGCUCCCUGCGGGGGACUCCCUGGAGCUUGAGGCCCUGGCAUGGGGAUGAAUGGAGGUCCUGUGGGACGCUAGAUGCUGGGGGAUCCGGGCUGGGAUGAAGAUGGGAGAAUCUCAGACUUUUUGUUUCAUUGUUUUUAAUUUAUUUUGCAAACACCAAAGGAAUGUAAAAAAACUCAGGUGACCUAGACGUGGUUUUUUUUUUUUUUUUUUUUUUGAGAUGGAGUCUCAAUCUGUCACCCAGGCUGGAGCACAGUGGUGUGAUCUCAGUCCACUGCAAUCUCCACCUCCUGGCUUAAGUGAUUCUGCUGCCUCAGCCUCCUGAGUAGCUGGGAUUACAGGCAUAUACCACCAUGCCUGGCGAAUUUUUGUUAUUAUUAUUAUUUUUUGAGACGGAGUCUUACUUUGCUGCCCAGGCUGGAGUGCAGUGGUGGGAUCUCAGCUCACUGCAACCUCAGCUUCCCGGGUUCAGGAGAUUUUCCUGCCUCAGCCUCCGGAGUAGCUGGGACUACAGGGGCCUGCCAUCAUGCCUAAGUUUUGUAUUUUUAGUAGAGAUGGGGUUUCACCAUGUUGGCCAGGCUGGUCUUGAAUUCCUGAUCUCAGGUGAUCUGCCCGCCUCAGCCUCCCAACGUGCUGGGAUCACAGGCGCGAGCCACCGUGCCUAGCCCCAGAAGUUCCAACGUGGAAAAUUUCCUUAGCCCUUCUCCAGUUGCCAUGGCUUAAUGUGUGUCUUUCCAGAACUUUCUCAGAAUGUUUGGCUACUUGGGGAUGUACCUGACAAAUAUGUCUGUUUUGUGUUUUACAUAUAAAUGGUAUUGUCUUC